UGUCAAAAACAACAUUUUGGUUCGGUGGUUCUGUAAACGUAUAGUUUCAACUUUGGACUUCCAAAAGGCCAUGUUUUUAAAUGACAACAUCUUUUUUUAAAUACACAAUGUCUUUCUCCCCAAAAGUGUUACUGUCCAGUUCCUCCAGAGAGCGAUGUGUGGCCCGUGUGAAAGAACUACCGACCCUAGCAUUCUUCGAAGAAAAACCCACGACUCUCGCUUCGGUCCUCGUUCCACUAUGUGUUGUUGGUGAUGAAGUCCAUAUCCUGUAUACUAAGAGGUCAAUGAACUUGAAGAUACACAAAGGACAGGUGUCUUUUCCUGGCGGGAAGAUGGAUAAUAACGAAAGCGUGGUUGAAACCGCGCUCAGGGAGACAGAAGAAGAGAUUGGGGUCGCCCGGGAAGACGUGGAUGUUUGGGGCCAAAUGUCAGGUAUCCAAGGCCGUAACAAGGAUAUGCUCAUCACGCCAGUUAUUGGGGAGAUCAAGAAUUUCAAAAUGGACAAGCUCACGCCCAAUCCCCAAGAAGUGGAAGAGAUAUUCACCGUCCCUAUAUCAGCUCUGUGCAAUACUGAGAACCAUGCUCAUUUGGAGUUCAAACCUCCUCUACCCGUGUAUAUGUACGGUAAACAUAAAAUAUGGGGUAUUACUGGAUUAAUAACACACUUGUUUUUGCAGUGUUUACUUCCAGAAAAUGUGUAUAGAGUCGAUUUUUUGAGAAAAAAAUUCACCCUAAGCGAGCUUACAAUGCUUUCAAAAUUAUAAGUAAUUGAAUACUUUUGAAAUGAUUGAAUCUGCUUGGUCAGACAGGUAAUGGCUAGGUAAUGGGGACUCUUGGAAACUGUCACCUAAAUAAAAUUGUUAUUUUAGCUUAUUGGAAAGCUGCAUAAUCAGAAAAGAGAACAUGAUACUUUAGUUAUAAAAAGUGUUUUGGUCUACCCAUGUUGGGUUGGGUCACUUAAACUUGAGAACCAUGUUAUAUUAAGUUUCUUCACAAUUUGAACUGUAAAUAACAGUAAACAUCAAAUAUGUUAAUGUGACAGGGUUCUAAAGUGGGUACAUGAUAUUGCUCAUAUAAAUGAAAGUAAUUUUUAAGCACUGCAUGUGUCGACAUAGAAUUAUUCAAGUUACAUUAUGAUUUAUAAAAGUGUAGUGUUAAAAUCAUUUGGAAAUGUUUUCUUUUUUUAAUUUAUAUUUAUUAUAAUUUUACUUUUUGUUAUUGGAUAGCAACUGUUUUGGCUAACUAGUCGUCUGUAACAUAGAAGUAUGAUGCUAACCAUCUUUGGUUGGUAAUGGAUGACCGAGUUCAGAAUGAAAUGUACAUGUAUGUAUAGGCUGUAUGUUAAUAUUGAUGAUGAUGAUGGUGAUAUCCGACCGAUAUUGGCCAUGGCGUCCACUUCGACUCCUAGUCGGCAAGAUGCUAAACGUAAGAAUUUUAUGUGGCGUUCUCUUUCGAAAUCCAGCGAAGAGCCCAGGUAGCCCAGUUGGUAGAACGCUUGCCUCUCACUUUGAGGUUGCAGGUUAGAAUCUUGCACAGGCCUAAACC